UUGAAAUUUUUUAUUUUUUCAGUUCAUCCUAUAACACGCAGUUUGUGGUGUUAGAAUUUGAGAGUUGGUCAGUAGCCAAGAAUCAAGAAAACCCCUCAUCACUCGCUCCCAGCUCGAUCGCACAUCUAGGUUUUUUCAAUUUUCAUUUAUCCACCGAGUCAAUGGACGAGUCGCCGUCGCAGCUCGUCUCUGAAAUCGGCGCUCAACUCGCCCGACUCCCUCGCCCAAACAAAGACUUCCUCGUCAAAUCGCUCCGACAAGCUGCAACUGCUUUAUCACAAAUUGAGCAGCCUUCAUCAUCUUUAGCUUCUAAAAAGAUGGAAGUUAUGAAGAAGCUAGAAAAUGCCAUACAGCCCCUAAGCAAAUCUAUUAUUAAGCGUGGCCUUCUUCGACAUAGUGAUAAAGAUGUUAAACUUUUGGUCGCCAUUUGUGUCAGUGAAAUUUUCCGAAUCCUGGCACCUGAACCACCUUUUGAAGAUAGAUAUCUCAGGGAUGUUUUUAAACUUAUUCUCAGCAUGUUUGCGGAGCUUGCUGAUAUAACUAGCCCAUACUUUUCAAGGAGGGUUAAAAUAUUGGAGACUGUUGCACGAUGUAAAUGUUGUGUGAUAAUGCUGGAUAUUGACUGCAAUGAUCUAGUCAUUGACAUGUUCAACAUUUUUUUCUCUGUUGUGAGGGAAAAUCAUCAGAGGAGUUUGAUAAAUGACAUUAUGUCUAUAAUGACACAUAUUUUAAAUGAGGAGGCUUCUAAGCCACUUUCAGAUGUGAUUUUGCGAAAUCUUAUAAAGGAAGGAAUGGCUGAAUCUCCUGCUGCUUCUAAGCUUGCCAUUUCUGUCAUUGAAAGUUGUGCAGAAAAGCUUGAGCCCUUUGUGUGUGGGUUCUUAACAUCUUGUUCUCUGGAUAGAGAUGCUGUUGAGAACGAGCUCAAGGAAUUUUACCAUGAAAUCCUAUUUAAAGUUUUCCAAUGUGCUCCACAGAUGCUUCUUGCAGUCAUCCCUAACUUGGCUCAAGAAUUAUUGACGGAUCAGGUUGAUGUCCGAAUAAAAGCUGUUAAUUUAAUUGGAAAGCUCUUUGCCCUUCCUGAGCACCAUGUUGCACAAAAGUAUCGCAAUCUUUUUGUAGAGUUCAAAAAUAGAUUCUCUGAUAAAUCUGUGGAAGUUAGACUCAGUGCUUUACAGUGUGCUAAAGCUUGCUACAUGUCCAAUCCAUCUGCGAAAGAAUCAUCUGAACUUCUCUCAGCUGCUGUUGGAGGUCGAUUUCUGGAUUUUGAUGACAGAGUGAGAACACUGGCAGUGGUUGUUGUCUGUGAUAUUGCCAGGUUAAACCUGAAAAUUUUUCCCCCUGAGUUAAUAUCAAAAGCUGCUGAAAGACUGCGGGAUAAGAAGGUAUCUGUUAGGAAGAAGGCUUUGCAGAAGUUGACGGAGGUGUAUCAAGAUUAUUGUAACAAGUGUUCUGAAGGCUAUCUGAAUAUAGGCAACCACUUUGAACAGAUUCCUUGUAAAAUCCUAAUGCUUUGUUAUGAUAAAGAUUGUAAAGAUUUCAGGUCUCAAAACAUGGAGCACAUUCUUGCUGAGGAUUUGUUUCCAAUUCAUCUGUCGGUUGAGGAUAGAACUAGGCAUUGGAUCCAUUUCUUUUCUCUUUUCACUCCUCUUCAUGUGAAAGCACUUAACUCAAUUUUAACUCAGAAACGGAGGUUGCAAACCGAAAUGCAAAGUUAUUUGGUUCUGCGGAAGAAACAGAAGGACAACAGUUCUGAAGAAAUGCAGAAGAGAACUAAAAAUUCUUUUAUGAAAAUGUCUGCAUCAUUUCCAGAUGCUUCGAAAGCAGAAGAUUGCUUUCAUAAAUUGAACCAGAUGAAAGAUAAUAAUAUUUUUAGUGCCUUGGAGCAAUUGCUGGUUGAAAGUACCAUUAUAAAUGCCAAGACAAUGAGGGAUAAGUUUCUUAAAAUGAUAGGAGAUAAACACCCAUGUUUUGAAUUUCUUCAGUUACUCUCUUCUAAAUGCUCGUUCAACGUAUUCAGCUCUGAGCAUGUUCGUUGUAUCUUAGAUCAGCUUUCUGGCAAUAUAUCUGGUUAUGGAAACUUGGAGGCCUCUUCUACCAAAUUGCUUCUUGUUAUCAUCAACAUUUUCCCUUCACUUUUAAGAGGUUCGGAAGAGCAGUUUCGAAUGUUGUUAGAGAAGCAUCCAAUUAAGGAUGUGCUUAUUGAAGUGUUAGCAAAAGCAGCUCCUUAUAUAUCAGUCAAAUUUAGUGAUUUUUACCCUUUCUUGGAAAGAGUAUGUGUGGAGGGAACUCGGGCUCAGUCCAAGCAUGCUGUUUCUGCAAUUGCUUCAUUGAUCACAUCUUCUGAGCAGUUCAUUUUCUCAAGACUGUGCAAGGAACUUGUAGCUUCUCUACAUAGAGGGUGGAACACUCCAACCAUUUUGCAGUCUUUGGGAUGUAUUGCCCAACACUCUGUUUCAUCAUUUGAAGCACAAUAUGGAGAGAUCAGAUCAUAUAUAUUUGAAAAAAUUUUUCAAGAGGAACAAUCCGAUGGUCUGACCGCAGUUGAUGAGACUUCUGAGUGCAGUUAUUCUUGCAAACUCAAGAUAUAUGGGCUGAAAACACUAGUCAAGAGUUUUUUGCCACAUCGAGGAUCUCACAUCAAUCGUCAAAUUGAUGAAUUAUUACAUAUUUUAUUAAGUUUGCUGCAAAAGGGUGAUGCUUUUGAUGGAAUCAUCUUGAGUGCAAGUGACAAACCUCAUAUCAGAUUAGCUGCUGCAAAGUCUGUUCUCCGACUUUCUAGAAGAUGGGAUUUACAUGUCUCUCCAAAAACUUUUUGCUUUACAAUUUUAAUGGCAAAGGACUCAUCUUCAUUGGUUAGGAGAAAAUUCCUUGAUAAAACACACAAGCUCUUGAAGGAGCAUGCCAUACCUAGUAGAUAUGCAUCUGCUUUUGCAUUGGCUGCAUUCGACUGCAGUAAAGAUCUGCAAGAUGCUUCAUCUAAAUACAUGGAAGAAUUUAUCAAGGAAUACAGCAUAGAAGCUCGAAAUCACCAACCCUCUGCAGUACAAGGGGAAUCCUUUACAGAUUAUCCGGCAUAUGUAGUUGUAUUCUUGAUCCAUAUUCUUGCUCAUGAUUCUGGCUUUCCAACUGAAGACUGUCAGGAUGAACAAGUGUAUGCUGAUUUUGUCAGUCCACUAUUUUGGGUUGUACGGGCAUUGGUAAAUUCCAAUGUUGUUAAUGGUAACAAGGAUCUUGUUAAUGAUGCUGUUGUGUAUUUGCUAAGUAUUUUUCGUGCUAUUAAAAGAGCUGAAGAUGCCAUUGAUGCUUCGCGAACUCCUAAGCUGCAAAUUCUGGCAGAGAUUGGGAUGUCCUCUGUAAAUGCAUUAACUUACAGUGGCGUUUCAUCAUCACGUGCUCCUGGGCUGAUCUUCCUGCCAUCAUCAUUGUAUAGAAUAUGUUUGGAUAAGAAGUCUAAUGAGUUUCCUGUUGACGAUAAUUUUAUCAAGAGAGUCGUUCAGAGUCUCAAAUCUCAAUUCUCUAUGGUAGUAAGCUGCCUUCCAAGACGUGGUAGAAAGUAUCAAGAGGAUGGAAUACGGUCUGGUGAUGCUAAGUAUAACACAUUGAAUUUGGCAUCACAUAAGCAAGCUAAGUUAUUAGGAAUUGAGGCAACAGAAAUGCAUGGAUCUUUAAGACAGGAUAUUGUUUUGGGACAUCGACAAAGAUGUGCUGUAUCUGAAUCAGUUGGAUUGCACAUUGAGCAUUGCAAAGAGAAUGCACCUAUGAGUUCUAAAUCCAUUCAAGAGAAACAAAUUUCUUCAUCCUGUGAUUCUGCAACUAUGGAACCUUCUCCGUCUCUGAGUCAAUCACAUGAGAGUGGGGCAUUAAUUGGAAAGCGCAUCAAAUUAUUGUCUCCUAUUGAUAAAUGUUUUUAUUCAGGUACUGUGGUUGGCUUUAAUCCUUGCAACAAUACUCACAAGAUCUCAUAUGAUAGUGGUGAUGUUGAAUUACUAUGCUUAGAUAGUGAAAGCUGGGAGACUAUUUGUGACGACUCCUCAAAGGAGAAGGAGACUGUAUUGGCAGAUGAGUCAAACAUAUUCCAUUCAAGUGAUUGUGAUCUCGUUGGGUGCUCAUGUCUUGGAGGCAUGGGAGAAACUACUUGUAAACUUGGGGAUGGUGCCAGCAUACAGUCGCAGAACUUGGCAAACAAGGAAAAUGAGAAGUUUUGUACCAGAAUGACUUCUUUUCCUGAUAAAGGAAAGAAGAGACAGAAGAUUUUGUCAGAAACAUCAGCAUCAGAGGUCAUCAAUGUAACGGGAGAUGCUCCUGUCAGAAGAAGCCGGCGACGGAAGGUGUAGAUGGACUAUAAUACCAUGGCAUCCUCAAUUGGAAUUCAAAUCUGCUUUCCAGAAAAAGGUUCUCAUGUAAGCUCCUAUCUAUAACUACGUGGGUGAAUUACUAAGUUAGUGACAUGUUUCCAUUACAAAUAACCAAAAUUUUCAUCUCUGGCAUUCUGUAUAUAGUGUUUCUCGUAUGUAAAUUUUGAAUGUAUUCCCUACAGAAACAAGUGUAGAACAAAUAGCAGUGCUAAUUUCAACAUUCUUGCCCACAAAAUUGUCUUUAGGUGAGACGGUUUCAGUGCUAAUCACAGCGUAAUACACAUUUGAUUAGAACAAUCAUUUCCUGUUAAGGAAAACCGUUGUCUAUGCUAUAGCAAAUUAUACUUUGAUUA